AUUCUGUUAUUAUUGGUGCUUUUAUAAAGGCGACCAACUACACUUUGUCGGAGUUAUGGGAUGUAUCUGAGCAAUAAAAAGGUGCCUUUUCCCCAAAAAAAAAAAAAAACACGUUCUUGCCGUAGUUGGUGCUCUUUUCCAGAUGCCCGAGAGGAAUUUGGACUUGUUUCUCGUCAAAGGUUCCAUCAAAACCUGAUCUUUUUCCAUUACGCUGUUGAAAUUCCGGAAAUGGCGAUCUGGGCUCUUUAAUUUGUUUUGUGGCGAGAGAGAAAAACGUUGGUGCUGAGAUUCGGGAGUUUUUAGACGUUUCGCUGAGUUCUGAUAGGGUUCGUGAGUUAGCUAACUGGAUUUUUCCAGGAUAAAGUUGAGAGUUUCGGAGUUCGAUUGAGGGUGCGAUUAACGCAUAAACGAUCGUAGGUCUAGUCUGAAGUUGAGUGAAGACCCGGUGUUGACCUCAACAAGCAGUAGGCGAGGGUUCUAUUUCCCGUUGCUUUAGAUGGAGAAGCAGCAGAGUUUUCGAUUGGGAGCCCUGGAGAGGCUACAGAGCUUCAAAAGUUUCCGAAUGGGCUCGACGGAGAAGAAGAAGGGCAAGGAGAGUCCGGGGAAGAGAGGGGAUACACCCCUCCAUCUCGCCUCGAGAGCUGGCAACUCGUCGAGCGUGGCGAAGAUCCUUUCGGAUUGCGAGGAGAGCCUGCAGCUGAAGGGUUUGGUCUCCAAGCAGAACCAGGACGGAGAAACUGCGCUCUACGUGGCGGCCGAGAGAGGGUUUGUUGGGGUUGUUAAGGAGGUGUUGAGGGUUUCGGACGUUCAGUCGGCUGCCAUCCAGGCGAACAACAGCUUCGACGCCUUCCAUGUCGCUGCUAGGCAAGGACAUUUCGAAGUGGUCAAGGAACUAUGGCAAUCUUUCCCUGCAUUAGCUAUGACUACGAACGCAUCCAACUCUACCGCCUUAGAUACCGCUGCCACUCAAGGCCACAUCGAUAUCGUCAACCUUCUAUUAGGAACUGGCGUGGAUCUCGCCAAGAUUGCUCGUAACAACGGCAAGACUGUUUUACACUCAGCAGCGAGAAUGGGGCAUGUUGAUGUGGUGAAAUCAAUUUUGGGUAAGGAUCCUAGUAUUGGUUCUAGGACUGAUAAAAAGGGGCAAACAGCAUUUCACAUGGCGGUGAAAGGUAACAGUGUUGACAUUGUUUUGGAGUUGCUAAAACCCGAUCCCUCUAUAAUCAAUGUGGAAGAUAGCAAGGGUAACACGGCGUUGCAUAUUGCAACAAGGAAGGGUCGCCCUGAGAUUGUGCAGGCCCUAUUAUCAGUUCCUGGAAUCGACAUCAACGCUACCAACCGAGCUGGUGAAACCGCACUUGGCAUCGCUGAGAAAUUCGGCAACGAAAACAUCACCACUGUGCUCCGAGAAGUUGGUGCCGUGGCCACCCCCAGAAACCGUGAUAACCCACCAAACCCCGCAAAGCAACUGAAACAAACAGUAAGCGACAUCAAGCAUGACGUCCAAUCCCAAAUAAAGCAAACUCGCCAAACUGAGGCUCGAGUCUACAACAUCAAGAAACGGCUCCAAAAGCUCCACAUCGGUGGCCUCAACAACGCCAUCAACUCCAACACCGUUGUCGCCGUCCUUAUCGCCUCGGUCGCCUUCGCUGCCAUUUUCCAAGUCCCAGGCAACUAUGUCGAUACUGAAUCAAAGGAUUUUACCCUCGGUCAAGCUUACAUAGCAAAAAAUAAGGCGUUCCUCAUCUUUUUAGUUUUUGAUUCUCUUGCAUUGUUUAUAUCACUUGCUGUCGUGGUGGUACAAACUUCUCUUAUAGUCGUGGAGCAAAAGGCGAAGAAAUUGAUGGUGUUUGUGAUGAACAAGCUGAUGUGGCUCGCUUGUUUGUUUAUCUCGGUAUCUUUUAUUGCGCUUACUUACGUUGUGGUGGGUAAGCAUGAUCUGUGGUUGGCUUGGUGCACGAUGGCGAUUGGGGCGACGAUAAUGCUAGGGACUAUGGGGUCGAUGUGUUAUUGUAUCGUAGUCCAUCAGAUCGAGGAGAAGAAUUUGAGGAGUAUAAGGAGGAAGGCGUCGGGGAGUCGUUCGAGGUCUUGGUCGUUGUCGGUGGCUUCGGAUUCAGAGAUGUUUAAUAGUGAGUUUAAGAAGAUGUAUGCCCUUUAGAGUUCAGAUUUGGCUCCCUAGGACUUGUACAUAAUUGCCCUGUGAUGGAAUUAGGAGAGGCAGGAGUUGUAGCAGGAAAGAGCAUCCCACGGUAUUGAAGAAAUGGAGAUGUAACUGGUUGUUGAAUCUUAUAUAUUUAUCAAUGUGAUGAUUAUAAAUCAAUAUCACGUCCUUUUUCUA